UGAAGGAGAAUCAUGAGCACUGUCCAGGACCUGUUCUGUCCUGCCUUUCCUUGCAGCUGAACCUAUUGUUGAAGGCGAUCCAGCUUCCCAACCCAUGUCCAGGACUCAGCCCUUGGGAGAUGGUGAGGUUACAGGUGUGUCUGCAGGGAGGACUUUCCCAGCGCCUGGGUUGGUUGCUGCACAUAAGCCUGGCUCCCAUCAGAGGGGUCCUCCGAGGGGGAGGAACAAAGCUACAGGAGUCAUGAAACCCCAUGAGCCAGCCAAACCCAUGAGGCAAAUGCUGAAGGAAAUGCUGCAGGGAGGGCAAGAGAAGGACCAAAGAGCUGUGCUGAAGGUGGUGUUUCCCGGAGGAAGCAGUGGCUCAUGGGCAGCCUCUGCUGCAGGAAGGGAGGCCAUGCCAGGCACAGUCCCAGGAGCCAAGCCUCUUGGUGAAGGUGAUCUGGCUUCUCAACCCACACCCAGAACGAAUGCUCUGGAAGAUGGUGUGUCUGCAGGGAGGACUUUUUCAGCUCCUGGGUUGGUUGCUGCACACAAGCCUGGCUCCCAUCAGAGGGAUGAGGUUCCUAGGAAGGCUUCUCCAUUAGAUUGGCUGCAUAAAGUUUUGAAGCCAUUGGAGUCUCCUGCAGGUGUGUCUGCAGGGAGGACUUUCUCAGCUCCUUUGCUGAUUACUGCCCACAAGCUCGGCUCCCAUCGCAGGGGUCCUCUGAGAGGGAAGAACAAAGCCACAGGACAGAAAGAAUCACUUGAGUCACACCACAUCCUGAAAGAAAUAGAGAAGGAACUGCUCAAAGGGCAUGCGAUGGACAGAGAGGCUCUAUGGAAGGCGGCAUUUCCUGAAGGAAAGGAGGCAAUUGCAGGCGUGGGCCCAGGCACAGGAGAUGCAGUCGGCACAACACAAGUUCCCGAUUCCCAGAAGGGCAUCAGAAGAGGUUGCUGUCAGGGAACACUCUGUUGGCUAGGAUUAAUGGCAGGCCGGCUUUUUUUGCUGCUUUUCUUCAUUUUAUGCUGUGUUGGAAUCUGGUAUGUCUGGAAGACAAAACGGGUCUUGUCCUGGGGAACCCACUCAGGCUGCAGCCAGUGCUGGCUCCCACUGAGGCUGCCUGGCCAAGAGCAGCCCCAGGAGCAGCAGGCAGAGGCAAAGCAAGGAGUGCCUCUGCAGCUUCACAAGUCCUGCCAAACAUGUUAGUCUGGGAGACCUGCACCUGUCUUCCUCCAUCUUCAAGCCAGUGUCCAUUGUCCCUGCCACAGCUGUAUUAUCAGCUUAUUGCUGUGCCACCACCACCCAGAACAGGGCCCUCUGUCCCUGAAGGUGCUGGCCCUGGUGCCUGGCCAGGCCUGAAUGUGGGCCCCUCCUGCCAGGGAAGGGCUUGAGCAACAUCUUUGGGCUUCUGCUUUGGGGUCUGGCUGGUACCACCAGCACUGGUGCAGCUGCUUGGCUGGCCACAGCCUUGGCUGGGCAGGCAGCAGCCGGGCAU